AUGAUUCCGACUCCCCCGAGGGAUGGCACUGGCCGGCCGGUCAUUCCCGGAUCGUUUGAGAUCAAUCGAGAUCAGCUCCUCCUUGCACUCCAAUACAGGGCAGACUAUCUCCGCGAACAAGGCGUCACUUUGACCAUUGAUGUAGCCGGAGGUGCAGUCAAUACCAUUUACCUUCGUUCUAGACACAGUACUGGCAACGUCGACUUUUUUUUUGGUGCAGACGAGCAAAGUCAUCUUUUUAAAAGACGCAUCCAAACAUGCCCAACAGCAAUCAAAAUCUCAACUCGGCGCAUACAGGUUCAAUAA